AUGCAGCACUCACAGUUGGCCCCGCUUCCGGACGACGUGCCGUUUCGCAUCGUCUCCAAGACCAUCGGCCAAGGCGCCUAUGCAUGUAUCAAGAAAGCCUGCCCGGUAGAUUCAGAUAACCCCGUUUUCGCAGUCAAGUACAUUCACAAAGAUUACGCCGCUCGACACGGCAAGAUCAGCGCACGACAACUACAACUCGAAGUCACGGUGCACAGACACGUCUCGGGUCAUGGGAAUAUUAUCAGCUUCUAUCAGACCGGAGAGGAUGAAGUCUGGCGUUGGAUUGCAAUGGAGUUGGCCGAGGGCGGGGAUCUCUUCGAUAAGAUCGAGGCCGACGAGGGUGUGGGCGAGGAUAUUGCCCACGUCUACUUCUCGCAGCUCGUCAGUGCUGUGAGCUUCAUGCACUCCAAAGGCGUCGGUCAUCGAGAUAUCAAGCCCGAGAACAUGCUUCUCACAGGCGACGGGAACCUGAAGAUCGCGGACUUCGGUCUAGCAGCGCUGUUCGAGUACAAGGGGACGCGAAAACUCUCCACCACGUUCUGCGGCAGUCCCCCAUAUAUUGCGCCCGAGGUUAUUAGCAGCAGUACCAGAGGACAAAUCAAGGGCGCUGGAUAUCAUCCCGACCUGGUGGACAUUUGGUCUUGUGGCAUUGUGCUUUUCGUCCUAUUGGCUGGAAAUACGCCCUGGGAUAGCCCGACGGACGAGAGCUACGAGUACCACGAAUAUGUUGCAACAAAUGGCCGGACCACAGAUGAGCUGUGGCAGAAGUUACCACCAGCUACAUUAUCACUAUUGCGUGGCAUGUUGACCGUCGACCCCAAGAGUCGAUUCUCGCUGGAAGAUGUCCGGCGACAUCCCUGGUACACACGUGCAAACAAAUACCUCUCUACGGAUGGCAAGUUGAGAGACCCAGUCAACCUUGCAACCUCGAUGUUUGAGUCGCUCCAUAUCGACUUCAGCCAGGACCCUCUUUCCCAGACGCGAAAGGGGGCUAGCCGAAGCUUCGGUCCUAUGGAGAUGGAUGUUGAUGACGGUGCAAAUGCAGGCUUCUCCUCCACCCAGCCAGAGAUGGUUGGUGGCGGCAUGCUGAUGGACUGGGACAGACCGCAAGAUGCCGAUGUCUUCGGUUCAACGCAGCCCGUCGGGAAGAAAUUUGCUUCUCAAGAUGCGGUGAUGGUAGGCCAUCUCGAGGAUGAGCCUUCUAUGUCACAGUUCUCACAGCAGCCUUCUGUUCCGGUGAGCCGCACUCAGAACGCACAGAAAUUCCAGGAUAUCAUUCCCUCGCGUUCAUUAACGCGUUUCUACUCUGCCUGGGAGCUCAAACUCCUCGUGCCUCUAAUCUGUGAGGCUUUCCAUCGACUUGGAGUUCCCGUUCCGACUGUCCCUGCUGUGAGUGCUGGAGAUGCUUCUGCCAUGAUUCGGGUGAUUGCCAAGGAUGGCAGAAUGUGUCCACUCCAGGGCAAGGUGCUCAUUGAGUGUGUCUCCGAGGGCGUGUUUGAAGUGGAGUUCGUCAAAAUCAAGGGUGAUCCGCUUGAAUGGCGGCGCUUCUUCAAGAAGGUGACGAUCCUCUGUAAGGAUGCGGUCUUCAGACCAGACGAGUAG